AUGAGUUCCUUCGAGAAGUCCGUCAAGGGCGCGACUAAAGUUAAGGUCGCUGCCCCGAAGUCGAAAUAUGUUGAGCACAUCCUUAUCGCUACGCAUGCCGGUGAAGCUGGUAUUGCAGAGGUCUUUCGGGCCCUCAACAACCGUAUGAAGGAUCAGACAUGGACGAUCGUUUUCAAAUCACUCAUCGUCGUCCAUCUCAUGAUCCGUGAAGGCGAACAGGACGUGACUCUCCGGUAUCUCCGUAAACACCCUCGUCUAGUUGCUAUCAGUAACUAUUCGGAUGGUAAGACCGGAUCUGCACGCAAAACUAUGCUUCAAGCUUGGGAGUUGAUCGAGUUCCACGAGCUGACCGCUCGUAAAGUACAGGAGCAGGGGAAAAACAUUCGUAGAUACUCGCAGUACCUCGGCGAAAGAGCUAGAAGCUUUGGAGACGUCAAGGUCGACUUUGUGAGGAAUGGGCAAGGCCAUUUAAGGAGACUAAGUGUUGAAAAAGGCUUGCUCCGCGAAGUUGAAUGCGUCCAGACGCAGAUGAGAGCUUUGCUUCAGUGCAACGUGGGUUUGGGGAAUGUAGGUCUUGGUGGGGGUAGGGGCUAA